AUGCAGAACUCCGCCGUCCGCGCCGUUGUGGGCGCUUGCUUCGUCGCCUCAGCUUUGGCAACUCCUACUCCUACACAAGCCCAAAAGGAGCAUGUCACAGAGGCUGCUCUCCUGCCUCUGGGUAUUUUGGAUACUCCCAUCACCAACCAGAACCAGCUUGACGCGGCUUUUGGCAGCUUCAGUGCCGACUUGGCAUCUAUUGCAGCUGCCGUCUCGGUUGGACAGGCCAUCUUCACCAACAUCGUUCCAGCUCCGGGCCCAUCUCAAAUUCCUGAACUCAUUGAAGAGGUCCAGAAGAUCACCUCCGCAAACCCCGGCGACAUCUUCAGGAGCGGWGCCGAGAUUCUCGCCGGCGGAUUCGCUGGUGGUGACUACGCCGACAUCAUCAAGGGGUACUUGGUGGAGGACAGCGCCGACAACAACAACCCUCGACCAGCGCCUGGCAUCUACCCCAAGAAGGACCCACGGGAUGCUCCCUACAGCUUGAGCGAGGCCGAUCUCCGUAAGAUCAUCUACAUUCCCGAUGACUUCACUUACGGCAAGAAGAAGCCAGUCCUCUUCCUCCCUGGUACCGGUGCCCGUGCUGGAUCCAACUUUGCAGGAAACCUCGCGAAGCUCGUCAAGCAGAACAACCUUGGCGAUCCCGUAUACGUCAACCUCCCAGGCGAGAACUUGGCCGAUAUCCAGGUGGCUGCUGAGUACACCGCCUAUGCCAUCAACUACAUCAGUGCAAUCUCCGGCCACAAGAACGUCUCCACCAUCUCAUGGAGCGCAGGCUCUCUCGACGGCCAGUGGGCACUGAAGUACUGGCCAUCAACCCGCUCUGUUCUCAGCGACAAGAWCGGCAUCAGCCCAGAUUACCACGGCACCAUCGAGGCCCAGGGUCUGUGCCCCGGCUUUGUCACCCCUGGCUGCACGCCGGCUGUUGCCCAACAGAACUACAACAGCACCUUCAUCAACACCCUCCGUAACAACGGUGGUGACUCCGCAUACGUGCCAACCACCAACGUCUACACCAUCUUCGACGAGAUUGUCGAGCCUCAGCAGGACCCCAACGCCUCUGGCUCUUUGAUGGAUGCCCGCAACGUCGGCGUCUCCAACACCGAGCUCCAGGCUGCCUGCACCGCCGUCCUCCCCGGUGGUUUCAUCUUCAACGAGCACGCUGGUGUCCUCAUCAGCGCUGUCGCGUACGCUCUUGUUGCAGAUGCCCUCACACACGAUGGUCCUGGCCAGCUCUCGCGCGUUGAUCUCCACGCUGAGUGCUCCCGAUUCGCGGCUCCAGGUCUCGGUCUCCAGGAUGUCUUCAACGCUUACGCGCAGAUCCCAAUUGCCGCUGUUUCCAUCCUGACUUUCUUGCCAAAGGUCGCCAGCGAGCCCCCAAUCAAGCCAUAUGCUCAGAAGGACAUCCCAGCAGGAUUCUAG